AUGGCGGCUCUCACACUCGCAGCGCGCACGUGGCUGGCGGCUUGGCCGGCGCAGUACCUGCGGUACAGAGGGCAGCAGAUGCUGCUGCAGCGGGCGGUACGGAUCUUGUACUUGCUGCUCCUCGUCAGCUGCUUCACCACAGCGGACUGGGCGGCCAUCCUGGAGCGCAAGGCGGGGCCGCGGCCACGUGGCGCGGCGGCGGAGCAGCACGCAAUGGCCGGUGUCCUGGUCGCGCUGGGCGGGGUGCCGGCACUAGACUGCAUACUCUUCUCGUUCCGCUUCAGCCUCGCCGCGCCGCUCCAGCUGGCCACCUGCGCCGCCCUCUACACCGCCACGCGGCCCCUGGCCUGCGCGGCCAAGAUCGAUCCCCUCUUUGCGGCCGCAGCGCAGCAUCUGUGCUGGCGUCUGCAGGGGCUGCAGCAGCUGCUGCUCACAAUGUCAUCGGCGGCGCCAGCGGCGGCAGGGAGCGUGGACGGUGGCAUGUGCGAGGUGGCGGCGGUGGAGCUGCUCAUCGCGUUCGCACUGGCCCUCUCCUGCUUCGCCCCGAUGUACAUGCUUCAUGCAAGCGAGCGCCGCCUCAAGCUGCGCUUUGUGCAAUCCUGCAGUGGCGGCGGCGCGCGUACGCCCGCCCCGGCUGCCCCGGGGCCCCCCACCCUGACCUGCCACCUGCUCUGGGGCGCGGCCGCUACGCUGGCAAGCCUGGGCGCGGCAGAGGCCGCCGCGUACUGGGGCUGGGCCCACACCUGCCCCCCUCGUGAGCUGCACCCUGACGUCCCCCGCCACUGA